AUGACCAUGGCGGCACGCAGGCAGCGCAGCAGAAGCAGGAACAGGUUACGAGUGGAGGGUAGAUCGUGCAGCAGCCGAUGGAGGGCCUACCAAAGCAGAUCGCGCCGCUCCAUGAGGUCGAGGUCGAUCUCGAACGACAGGGAACGAUGGGUGGAACGCAGCAGCCCGAGAAACUCCGAUGUAUCACGAGAUCACAGCCGUGAAACCCGAAGGGUGGUCGGCCGAAGCCCGAGCGGAAGCCCAGACAAAAGCGUGCGCACAGGCAAGAGAGGAACCAGGCGAAGCCGAGACCGCAGUGACAGUCGACUCAGAGACUUUAGGAGAAGGCAAAGGCAUAGGAGAAGCAGCAGCGCCAGCAGGAGCGUUAGGCCAAGGCACCUCAGAAACGCCGAAACGCGCAGAAGGAAAAGGAGCGUCACACGUAGCCCAAGCCUCUAUCGACGCGGCUCUACCAGCAGUGACGACAACAGGUCCAAAUCGGUGUAUCGAGACGGCAGAGCCGAUAGGAUACGCGACCGCAGGCGAAUUCGAAGCCGGAACAGAGGCAGAAGCCGAAGCGACCCAUGCACUCCCGAUGCACGCAGGCAUCGCGUAUCAAGACGCGCGUAUAACAGACGGGACAUUCGGCGGCGGGUCUCAAGAAGUAGCUCAAUACAAAGCAAAAAGUCGGAUGAAGAAAGCGUGAUGGCGUUUGAACGUGUAGUCUUCAGGGAGGGGGCACGCAUAGAUGAAAAGCAUGAGCCCGCAGCCAAGGACGUGGAGGGCUACGAUACGAUGGCGGGUGAAAAGGAGGCGAAUAACAUUCGAGUAGAAGCGGGCGCACGCGCUGAUCGGCAUCCGCAUUGUGGAAUUUUGGCGGGGUUCCCACCGCCACGCCCCUACCGACAGCGAGAAGAUUUCUUCGAUGCGAAACACGAAGGCACUGCACCUGUGCUACCUGAGUUGCCGGAGUCUGUCUUGUAUGGGGACAGGGUCAGCCGUUACCAUUCUCAGGACCCGCAUGAGCAGACACAGCAGGCCGACGACGAAGCACGUGACAUGUGGCUCAAAUACAUGAUAGAUAUGGUGGAGACAAACGCCACUAUUAUAAAAAAUAGACUUGAGGUAGGUAUCAACUCGAAACUGUCAUAG